AUGAGGCUUCCCGGACCUAUAGCAGACUCGAAACUGUUAGAAUUUCAGGUAUGUGAUGUGCAGAACAGACGGAUUGAUUCUCCAAAACCUCUCCGGGGCCAGGUCCUAAAUACAGUACAAAAUCAGGUGGCUGGAAAACAUGGUGGCUGGGAUGCGCGGGGGCCACAUUUCAACAGAAACAUUGAGAAGAUACAAACUUAUGCUUGGGAAAUCACUAAAAGUGGUCAGCAUUACUUAACCUUGUCUACUGGCAAUGCCCGUAAGAAUUAUAUGCCUUCUUUGGUCAGCAGCCACAAAAUGAUCAAGGUCAUCAAGCAUGCUUCUGUCAUGUCGCCGCGAAGCCUUUCCUUACUGCUCUUGACCCUCGCAAAUCUACUGAUACCCAUAUCUAUCUUUAUCUUUGCAACCGGUUUCUUUCCUUACAAACCUUUUAUACCAGGCAGGGCCACCUUCCAGGACCCGAACAAUGGCGGCCAACUUGCAUCAGCACCGUUCGACAAGGUCAUAUUCAUGGUGGUCGAUGCGCUCAGAAGUGACUUCGUCUACUCUCCCGAGUCGGGCUUCAAAUUUACUCAAGCCCUCAUAAGAUCCGGCGCUGCCAUGCCUUUCACCGCCCAUGCAACUUCGCCUACCAUUACCAUGCCCAGAGUCAAAGCAAUCACCACCGGAUCCAUCCCCUCCUUCCUUGAUGUAAUUCUCAACUUUGCCGAGUCGGACACGACUUCCAAUCUUGCAAGUCAGGAUACUUGGCUCGCUCAAUUGAAGGACAAGCAAGGAGGAAAGCUGGUCAUGUAUGGGGACGAUACCUGGCUGAAGUUGUUUCCCGAUACCUUUCUUCGUGUCGAUGGUACUUCAAGCUUUUUCGUAUCGGCCUUGAUCACAUUGGGCAUAAAUCCGGACCACGAAGGUAGCCCUCAUACGAGAUCAUGUUUGACCAGGAGCACUAAUUCACCCAGUCCUCACAUGGUUCCGAAGCAGUCAGAAAUGGAUGGCAUUGUCGAACAGAUAUACAGAGCAAUUGAGACGGAGGAACAUCUCCACUCCACGCUCUUUGUCCUGUGCGGCGAUCAUGGCAUGAACGACGCUGGGAACCAUGGGGGCUCGGCAGAAGGCGAGACCUCUCCAGCACUGGUAUUCAUGUCCCCGAAGCUUCAAACCAUUUCCCAAGGCUCCGAAUCCCCGGUCGCCUUGCCCGAAGCCACGUUCAGCUACUACAACACGGUAGAACAGUCCGAUAUCGCCCCCACUCUUGCUGGCUUACUGGGGUUUCCAAUACCGCUCAAUAACUUGGGCGUGUUCAUACCAGAUCUCCUGGGCUUUUGGGAAAAAGGCCUUCUCUUGCAGAACGCUCGACAAAUCUUGAAUAUUGUCCGCGGGGCUUUCCCCAGACUAUCAUUCAGCGAAGCCGAAACGCUGGAUGACUGUACUUUGGCAAUGUCCGCUGGAGAGACGCUGAGCUGUCUUUGGUUCGACGCAGCAAGCCUAGUAGAUGUUCCCAGUCACAUCGACACGGCUGCAGCGCUGCAUGCGUUGACAAGGUUCUCCAAACACGCUCAAGAUGUCAUGAGCAGCACUGCGAGUAACUACAAUCUGUCGAGACUCGGUAUUGGUAUUGGUCUAGCCGCACUGGCAACGGUUGCAGGGACAGCGACUGUCUCUACAGCCUUGCUCGAAACCCAAGCGACCGGACUGUGGAUCUCACUCGUUUUCACUGCAUAUGGAAUCAUGAUGUUUGCAACCAGCUACGUUGAAGAAGAACAGCACUUCUGGUACUGGGUUUCUUCCAGCUGGCUUGGAUGGCUGCUUUUGAAACGGCGCAAUGCUGCGACGCUGCCAGGCUCGUUGGAGCUCUGGUUUGCAGCUUCGCUGCUGGUACUAUUGCGAAUCGUUCGCGCCUGGAAUCAGACAGGUCAAAAGCAUGCCGGGGAGCCAGACAUCGCAAGAACUUUCCUCCCAGCACACAACAUAUUACUGUGGCUUCUUGUGCUCGUAACAUAUCUUGAUGUUAUCCAACGCCUCUCGAGGAGGGCCGUACCAUGGGCCUCUCGCCACCUCGCUACAGCAGCUUCCCUAGCUUUAGGCAUUGCAGCACUGGGAUUCAAAGUUGCGUUUACGAAAGCUGAUGCUCCAGAACUCCUCGAAGGCCUCGGAUAUCUUUGUGUAAGACCCUUCGAACAGGCAUCGUUAGUAGCUCAGGCAAGAGCCAUAUUCACAGGUAUUGCUAUCAUGAUGGUGCUGACCAGCUUUCCUGCGGUAUACCAAAGGGUACGGGGAGGGCGAGAAACCAAAGGUAGAGGUCAACUCAAGCCCAUUGGGAAGUCCGCUCACUGA